AUGAAGGUGAUUUCCACUUGUGCCGCCAUUUUGGCGUUCGCCAGCCAGGUCUCUUCCCAUUAUAUCUUCCAAUCCCUCACAGCAAACGGCGUCAAGAAUGCAGCCUAUACCUACGUGCGCAGAAACACAAACUACAACUCCCCUGUCACAGACCUCACCAGCAAAGACCUAAUCUGUAACGUUGGUGGAGCAUCAGGAUCGAACACAACCACCGUCUCUGUCAAAGCUGGCGCUUCAUUAUCCUUCACCGCCGACAUCGCCGUUUACCACCAAGGUCCCAUCUCCGUCUACAUGGCCAAAGCUCCCACAACCGCCGCAGAAUUCGACGGCACCGGCCAAGUCUGGUUCAAGAUCUUCGACGAGGGACCAAAGUUCCCCGGCGGAACUUGGGACUUGAAACAGACCUAUACUUUCAACCUCCCAACUUGCGUUCCUAGCGGUGACUACCUGGUCAGGAUCCAGAGCUUGGCGAUCCAUAACCCGUAUCCGGGAGGAACUCCCCAGUUCUACGUUGGGUGUGCGCAGGUUACGGUUACGGGUGGUGGAAGCACGGAGUUGGGGCCGAAGGUUACGAUUCCGGGUUUUAUUACGAAAGCUGAUCCGGGGUAUACUGCUAAUAUCUACUCGAACUUCAAUUCGUACACGAUUCCUGGCCCUGCAGUCGCUAAGUGCUAGAUCUCCCACCUUUGUUUGAUGAACGUCGUG